CCAAUGCUGGGUCCGACUCCGUCUGCAGGCGACGGCAGCGGGGGGCUUGUUUUGAUUAAAGUUGACGGAUUUUCUUUUUUCCAUUUCAGAUUUUAUUCCCUGUAUUGUUGCGUGGAAGUACAGGAUAUUUAUUGUGGACCCUGAAUGCUUAACCAUUGGCUGUUUUCCCCAUAUCGCCGAAGGAGAAAUAAACUUGGGAAUUAACCGAUCUCGAAGUGGAGAGGAGCAACUUUUCCAACAGGCUGACCUAUGCUAAGCUAACCCGCUAAGCCAGAAGUCUGGAAUGCAGUUGAAAUUCAGGUUAAAAGUCCACAAAAGAGCACGCGAACUGUACAAUUCGGUAUUCGGUGAUUAUAUUAGAUUUCCUUUAGCCUCUCACGGUGAAAGCUGCCCCGCGGAGCCUCUCUGUUUGGCCGGAACGGACGGUGCAGGUGCACCUCUUGCGGCACCUGCGAAAACUUGGUAACUUGAGAGCUAACUUUAGCCUGUUCGCGUUAGCAUUAAGCAGAAUCAGAUAGUGUUUUGUGAUAAGUUGGAUUUAAAUUGUGUUGACAAUUAUUUGUUAACUUCUUUCGCUAUAUUGCUAUUAAGCGUCAGCCCAAAAAGUGGCAUCAGUUAACCCGUGUCUCGACUAUCUUAGCCAACCUCACUAGCUAGUUACUGACCCCUCACACUUGUACCGGAGUGGCGACGUGGAUACAGACGCGCUCUCCCACAGGACUUUGGACACAGUUUGACUCCGGCGUGGACCGCGCAAGGAUACCCCCUCUGGUUUCAUCGGAUAGUCUCGUAGAUGUGACAGCAUGAGGAUUUCAAAAAGUUGCAUUUUACCUUUUUAAAGUUUUCAUUUUGUCUGAAAAGCGCUGCACCCUAUGGUGCCGCUACGGCCACCGAGAAAUGGAUGUCUCGCAGGCCGCUUUCCCAAACGGUGAAGGGCGGCCGGGCGGCGGUGGGACCGGGGAACAUGCCUGGACAGAAUCCCCCUCAGUUCGGGCUUGGGCUCACUCUGCUCCGCUGUGCCCGACUCGAUCCCUGUGGACAGCUGCUUAUGACUACGAGGCGAGCGGCGAGGACGAGCUCAGCCUCAGGCGAGGGGAUGUGGUAGAGGUCCUAUCCAAGGACGCUGCUAUCUCCGGUGACGAGGGAUGGUGGACAGGCAAAAUCAACCACCGGGUAGGGAUUUUUCCUUCCAAUUAUGUCACCUAUCAGCCCGCUAUAUAUCGUCUACCUGCUACAAGUGGGUCGGCGGGGGUACCAGAGCGAGUCCCGACCUCGCCCGUCCAGAUCCCCUUUAGUGAACUCGUGUUAGAGGAGAUCAUUGGCGUGGGUGGAUUUGGCAAAGUUUACCGGGGCACAUGGAAAGAUCAAGAGGUCGCCGUGAAGGCGGCUCGACAGGACCCAGAUGAAGACAUAACGGCCACCGCCGCCAGUGUUAAACAAGAAGCUAAGCUUUUCUCCAUGCUGCAGCACCCCAACAUUAUUAAACUGGAAGGGGUGUGUUUGGAGGAGCCCAACCUGUGCCUGGUCAUGGAGUAUGCCCGAGGCGGGACUCUGAAUCGGGCGUUGACCGGAAGGCGUAUCCCUCCACACAUCCUGGUCAACUGGGCUGUGCAGAUUGCACGAGGGAUGCACUAUCUUCACGAGGAGGCCGUGGUACCCAUUAUUCAUCGUGACCUGAAGUCUAGCAACAUUUUAUUACUUGAAAAAAUUGAGAAUGAUGACAUUGGGAGAAAGACCUUGAAGAUCACAGAUUUUGGCCUAGCCAGGGAGUGGCACAAAACCACAAAAAUGUCAGCGGCAGGCACUUACUCCUGGAUGGCACCGGAGGUCAUUAAGUCAUCUCUGUUCUCCAAAGGCAGUGAUGUCUGGAGUUACGGUGUCUUGCUCUGGGAGCUGUUAACUGGGGAGGUGCCAUACCGUGGGAUAGAUGGCUUAGCUGUUGCUUACGGCGUGGCAGUUAAUAAGUUAACCCUACCAAUCCCCUCUACUUGCCCUGAACCCUUUGCUAAACUCAUGGAAGAUUGCUGGGACCAGGACCCCCAUGUGCGUCCCUCCUUUUCCUGCAUACUGGAGCAGCUUUCAGCCAUCGAAGAGGCGGUGAUGGCCACUAUGCCUCAGGACUCCUUCCACAGCAUGCAGGACGACUGGCGUGUGGAGAUCCAGGAGAUGUUUGAUGAGCUCAGGACCAAAGAGAAGGAGCUACGUUCCAGAGAAGAGGAGCUGACGCGAGCCGCCCUCCAGCAGAAGUCUCAGGAGGAGUUGCUGAAGCGUCGGGAGCAGCAGUUGGCAGAGCGCGAGAUCAACGUGCUGGAGAGAGAGCUCAAUAUUCUCAUUUUCCAGCUCAACAAAGACAAGCCCAACGUGAAGAAGAGGAAAGGCAAAUUUAAACGUUCCCGCCUUAAAUUGAAGGAUGGGAACCGCAUCAGCCUACCCUCGGACUUCCAACAUAAGAUCACCGUGCAGGCGUCACCUUCCAUGGACAAAAGGCGGAGCCUUCAUAGUACCAGCUCCUCUCCUCCCAGCAGCCCUACACUCAUCCCCCGUCUACGAGCCAUUCAGCUGACAUCCCACAGGCCGAGGGACAGUUUGUAUGUUUACCAACAGGAUGUUGAUUUGACCAACGAGGUGUCAGCCUGCUCUGGGUUCAGGAGGAAAGUUACUCAAGAUGAGAGCAACCGUACAUGGGGCCGCAGCUCCCUCUUCAGGCCAGAGGAGUUUGAUGAUGUGAAAAAGGGAAUCAAGAAGAAAGGAAGAACCUGGGGACCCAGUUCAGUACAGAGCAAAGAAAGGCCUGCUGCCACUCAGAGAGUGCGUCCUCUGUCAGAUGGCAGCAACCCCUGGUCUACUAGCCUGGUGAAGUCCCAGAAAUCUGUCCCCCUUGCUGCCCUGUUUGCUGAACAAGGGACCAGUAAAGAUGAAGCUUUUUCCCAGGAAUGUCCUGACAGCAGUUCCAAACCAAAGCAGCUCAAGUUCCCCAACCAGGUGUACAUCGAUCUACCUCUGUGGAGGGAUGAGCAGCAGCAGCCUCAGAGCCCUGGUGGAAAUUGCGGGACAGGAGAUGCUGGAAUAGUAGGUCAGGGUGGCCAACCAGAGACUCCAGAUGACCCAUACACCACCACGUCCACCUCAUCCACCUCAACCACCCCACAGCUCACGCCCACAAACAGCCUGAAAAGGACAUCAGCUCGGCGCAAGACGGACGCUGUGCUUUAUGGUUGUGGUUCGCUGCUGGCUUCGGUUCUGCUUGGUUAUGACAUCAGGGAGGCCCUCAAAAACUCAGCUCCUGGGGAAGACUGUGAGCCCCCGAAAGAAGAGAAAGAGAAGAAGAAGAAAGAGGGCCUGUUUCAGCGUGCAACACGGUUCCGCCGCAGCACCUCACCGCCAAGCGGUCGCUCCCGCAAAGACGAGGCAACAUCAAACCACAGCUCCCCCCAAUCUGUCAAUCUUAUUUCCAUGUCAGCCAUCAUGGAAUACAACUCCACCAAGUGUCUCUUACAGUCUGAGGCAGAGAUAUCGGAGUCUAACCCUGUGAAGACUGAGCAUAUAGCUGUCAAUCAUCACACAGAGCCAGCCAGACACAGCCCAGCAGCAUUUACAGAAGGCCAGAGUAACAAGACUGCAGCUAAAACACAGACACCAGUGCAAACCCAAAGCCAGCCUCCAGAGAAGAGCAACCACAACCCAGCAGCACGUCUACGCAGAAAGAAAUACACCACCAACCACAACACCAAUGGCCCACCUGCUCUGCCUCCUCCGGCCUCACAAAAGAAGCAGGAGAAACAAGAGAAAGAGAAAUAUGGAGGGCCAGAAAAGCCCGUUGGUGGAGAGGCCUUCACAAGACCACGACCAGUGUCACUAAGGGCCAAACCCCACACCUGGGCUCUGCUGCGAGGACGCAACAAGAGCUACUCCCUGGGUCACUAUUCUGGAGAAAAGACGGUGCAGAACCUAAACAUGAUGCUGUCCUCAGAGGUAGGGAUGGGCUGCUCCCUGCUGGACAUGGACACUGAGGGCCAGAAACGAGACUGCACUGUGCCGCUCUGCCGCAUUCAAAGUUCCCCGGCACGGCCCUCUGUCUUUGAGCUGGACAAAGAGUUCCUCUCUUAGGGGUCUCAAGAAGCAAUCUGCUGGUGGUUAAAGCUCAUUCCACACAACCUAGAGUGUUCCAAAACAUGCACACACAUAAUUUAUAGCCUAGAACUCCUGGAGGGUUUAGAACCAGGCUGUUUUUGGUUCCAUCUAUUAAGGUUCUGUAUAGAACUAGAGAAAUCAGCUUUGUUGUAGUUCAAGAACAUAGUUAUCAGUGUUCUAGAGUACAACAGAGUUUGAGACUUCUAGAAAGCACCUGAGUCGAAGGAGUUCUAGAUUUACUGAGAGCGGCCUUCCACACUGCCUUGUUUCAUGUUAGAACACACGCAGGGUUCUGAAGCCCAGGCAGAACUUUCCAGAGAUGGAUCAGCAGCUCUUCCUGUGAUCCACUCGGUGCUCGACUGCCACCUUUGUUUUCCCCCCUCACCCUUUGCUCCCUUUGUCACCCCCCUUCCUUUCUCGUUCUAUCGGUGCAGCUAAACGUUGACCGCUGCUGCAGCUUUCUCAACACAGUACCCUCACCUUUUUAUUUAUAUAUAUAUUUUUAUAGGUAAUUUAAUAUGAAGAGACUUGACCUUACCUUAGAAACCAACAGGACAUACAUUCCAUGUCAGUUUCGAAGCUGUGUGAUCACGCUUUUAGAUUUUUUUUUUUUUUGACAUAAGAAUCAUGCAUGCAUGUACCCUUAAAAUGUUGAACAAAAAAAAAUUAUAUUAUGCUUUGUUUGUAAAUAUUUCUUUUAAUCCAUUAUUGACCUAAUGCUGGCAGUUUUUUUUUCUUUUGUAUUGCAUUAAUGCUGUUUUAUGACCGAGUCAGCAAUGCUGCAGUACAGUUUGUGUUCUUGGGCAACAGUUUUGGGAUUUUGGAACAUUACAUGGAAUAGUCAACAAAUGUACCUGUUAAUUUGUGUUCAUGGAAGUUUUCUUUUUUUUUUUUCUUUUUUUGUCUUGCCUACAUGCACAGAACCAUCUACCACAUAGUCUGAGGGGAGUUUAUGAUGAAGCAACACAGGAUUUGUGUUUUCCUGGUUUAGACUUAGACCAAAAAAACCUACUUGAAAAAACAGAUUGUGGUUUGGGUUCAAAUAAAACAACUGGCCCGUGUAUAAAAGCUCUGUUACACUUACUUUUGAAACACAUCAGUUUCAAAGUUGUGCUUACUAUCAUGUAUCAAUCGCUCUCCAUGCACACAAAAACAGAUCACAUUUUUUGGACUAUUGCACGUGUUGCCAUGAGACCAUGCUGUCUCAGGGUAGGUUGUAUACUGGAUCAUAGUAGGGAUGCAUGUAUGUUUCCACCCAGAAUGCCCUGAAUAUUUUAGAGAUGCGGGUAGAAAACUGGAAGCCCUACAAAGGAGAAAUCUUCUCAUUUAAAAGUUGUGGUCAUGUGUUGAUAAUAUGGAAGAGUAUUUAUAGAUGUUUGUUUUUUGUUUUGUUUUGUUUUCUUCAUUUGGCACACUGCAGCAGAGCGGGGGAUCACAUCAGCCAUGAAUGUUCAUGUGAGGGGGAAAACCCAAAUAAAUUUAUAGUCCAGUCCCCCGCCCUCCGAUGACCGCAUGAUUUUCUAGGAUUUCUUCAAAGCCCAUAAGUGUCUACACAAGAGAGUGUUUACUUUAAAACACUGUUAAGAGCAUGAACUGCACAAAAUUGCAAUACCUGUACUGUAAACCUGAUGAAUCUGUGCCUUCAGCUGUGUCAUUUAAAAGCUCAGUCACUCACUGUCACAGAAAUCAGCCCCAGUUUGGUUGGUUUGGUUCUCUGAUAGCGCUGUUACAUGUAACUGCUUUAAUGUUUAGUUGAGUUUUGGUUUUGUUUUCUUCUCUUUGUUUACUUUUUAUAUAACAUUAAACUAAAGGUUUCUCCAUUUAGAAAUCAUCCAUGUUGUCACGUGCAGGAAGGUCUGGAGACGUUUGAAUUUGGCUGCAGAGUCGAGACACAGUUUGUCUUUCACGAUCAUGCUGUAAACGUGGUUUUCCUCAUUAUUCACAAAGGGCUUUGAAUGUUGAUUUACUCAACGCAUUUUUUUCCAGACUUGUGUGAACUUGACAAUAUGCAGACCUGAUAAUGAAGGAUAUGUACUGGACCUAACU